AUGAAAUCCUUUGUCUUCUUCUUGUGUCUCGCCUUAGUUGACCCCACAUUCUCCGAAAACAGCCUGCACAUCUAUAGGUAUGAAGGCCUGAUUCUGACUGGGCCACCUGAAAGAGGGUUGACCAAAGCUGGCGUGAAGUUAAACUGUAAAGUGAAAAUCAGGGGCAUUGGACAGAGACAGUACCUUCUGCAAAUCGUAGAUCCUUGGAUUCGCGAGCUCACCGGAAUAUGGCCGAAAGAUCCAUUCAUCUCCGCCCGGAAGCUGACCGCACGACUAGCUCCACAAUUGACCAAGCCCGUGAAGUUCGAGUACAGUAGUGGACGGGUGGGAGCCAUCUACUCACCAGCUAGCCUGCCUGAUAGCAUCCUGAACAUCCACAGAGGCAUUAUCAACAUCUUCCAGAUCACCAUCAAAAAGUCGCAGAACUUUUAUGAUUUACAGGAGGCUGGAAUUGGAGGAAUCUGCCAUACAAGGUACAUCAUUCAGGAGGACAAGAGAAAAGAACGUCUGACCAUAACAAAGUCCAAAAACAUGGACAAUUGCCAAGAGACAGCCCAGAAGAACCUUGAAACCAUGUACUCAGAAACCUGCCCUAGCUGCUUUCUGCAAUAUAUCAAGGAUGAACAAACCAUGACAACCUCCACCCUGAUCCUGAAGCCAACAGCUUCUGGGGCGAUCCUGAAGGAAGCCAGAGUCCGGGAGGUGCACCGACACGUACCUUUGUAUGAGCAGAAUGGAGAAAUGCGGAUUGACGUAAGACAGAGCCUCGUCCUGGAGCAUAUCACCUCAGAACAACCACGGACAUUACCAGAGCUCCCGAGCCGGCAUAGCCUGAAGUACCAGAGUGACCACAGCGUCCUCCGGCAACCACUCACCCUGAUCCAUGAGCAAAACCUGGUCCUUAAGAUAAAAGAAACCUUGGAUCAUAUUGCCAAACACAACAAAGAGGAAAUCCAUCAUGAUGCCCCAGUAAGGUUCCUGGAACUCAUUGAGCUCUUUCGAUCUGCUGAAUACACCACCCUGUCAGAAGUUUGGGCACAGGUUAAGAGCCGGAGUGAGUUUAGGCGUUGGUUCAUUGAAGCCCUGCCUGCUACUAAAACUUUUGACUCUCUGAAAUGGCUCAAGAGCAGAAUCCAAGAUUCUGAGCUCUCUCACUUGGAGGUCCUUCAGAUCCUGAUUCUCGCCUUGCAGGAAGUUAAAACCGACCAUAAAGUUAUGAUGUUAGCACUUGAGAUCCUCGACCUGAUUGUGAUCAAGGAGAACCCAUUCCUUCGCAAGACUACAGUCCUCAGCUAUGGCUCCAUGGUCUACAGAUUCUGUUCUCCACGGUCCACCUGCCCAGAUGACGUACUGAAGCCUUUGCAUAACCUCCUCACCGAAGCAGUCAGCCAACACAACAACGAGGACAUCGCUCUGGGCCUCAAAGCCAUCGGCAACGCAGGACAGCCAGCAAGUAUCAAGAGCAUUGUGAAGCUGUUGCCAGGCUUCGGCACCAUGGCCACCAGCCUCCCUCUGAAAGUUCGGGUGGACGCUAUCAUGGCUCUGACUAACAUUGGCAAGAAGGACCCAAAAACUGUCCAACGCAUCACCAUGCAGGUCUUCCUCAAUCGAAAGAACCAUCCUGAAGAACGAAUGAUGGCUAUUGCGGUGCUCUUCCUGACCAGGCCUCCUCUGACUUUGGUGACCCUUGUGGCCAAUUCCAUGCUCACUGAAACCAGCUUACAAGUGGCCAGUUUCGUUUACUCCCACAUCAGAGCACUGUCCAGAUCCACUGCACCGGACUCGUAUCAGCUGUCAUCUUCCUGCAGACUGGCCUUGAACCUACUGAGCCCCAAACUUGAGGAACUUGGUCUCCGAUUCAGCAAGGUUUUGCACGAGACCUCAUUCAAUUAUGACCUGAUGUUAGGACUAUCGGGCAGAGCUUUAUUAAUCAAGUCUUCUAGCACCAUCAUUCCAACAGCCUUGAUAGCCAGAAUCAGGGGUCACAGACUAGGAAGCACAUUGGAUAUGCUAGAGGUUGGUUUACGAGCUGAGGGUCUCCAAGAAUUCAUCACAAAAUCCCGAGCAUCAAAUGUCAAGAUCACGGAGAACAGAUCUAUUCGACGCAUCUUGAGCAAGAUUGUCAACUGGAAGGACCUGCCCGAAGAGGAGCCAUUAGCAUCAGCCUACAUCAAAGUACUCGGGCAGGAGCUGGUGUACUCUCAGCUCAACAAGGAGAGCAUUGAAGAGUUUGGAAAGUAUUUGACAGCUCCGUUCAAAAGGCAGUGGAAGAGCUACUUACAGCAACUGAGCAGUGGGUUCAGCUUCCAGGUGGCCAAGGCGAUCAUGUUCUCUGAGCUCCGCUACGUUAUUCCCAGCGCUGUUGGUCUCCCACUGGAGAUUAGCAUGGUUGCACUCAGCCUGAGUGUGGCCAAGGGAACCGUUGAGGCUCGUUCUGAUCCUCCAGUUACUAAGCUUUCUCAGCUGAUGACCUCCCGGAUUCAAGUGAAGGCUCGCUUUACUGCCAGUACGCACAUUUAUGUUAGAGGAUAUGCUGGAAUUAAUAUGCCACAACUCCAGUCAGGUGUGGAAAUGGCGGUCCAGGCCAGCUCAACUUUACCCGUGGAUGUAACUGCAAAGAUCAACAUGAAAGAAGGAAAUGUGAGAAUUGAAAGCGCACCAGCUCAGAAGAAGACUAAGAUUCUUACCAUGGGGUUACAAUAUGUUGCUGUUUCAAGAAAUGUUGAGAAUCUCUCUGGAGAAAAAGUAAUUCCGAUAUUACCCAUGACAUCAACAAGUACCGGCUCAAGCCAGAAAUUCAAAUCUGCGUCCACGUCGACAGAAGUGCAAGACGGCAGAAUUGUGACACAGGACACACCAGAAACACUGUCUGAUCAGAUCCAAUGCUCUGCCGAAGAUUCUCGGCCAUUUGUAUCCAAUCAUGUUCUCUAUCAUGUUUGUACGGAAGUGCGGAAAAUCGGUGUUCUGGUUUGUAUAGAUGCCAGGAAGUGGAACGCUCUCACUGUCAGACAUGCGAUGCUGUACUGGCUGAUUGGACAUCACCAGCUGAAUAUCACCACAUCACCACUUAUUUCAGAGGCAGACAUUGAGAAGAUAGUGCUGGAGGUACAGACAGGAACCAAGUCACUAUCCAAGUUGAUUAAACUCGACGAUAAGGAGACAAAGAUAGACAGAACGACAAGUGAAAUGGAGCAAGAUAGACUGAGGAGAAUUCUGAUGAAGACAUCAAAAGAGACCUCGAGAUGGAACAGCACCCUGAGCAGACGCAAAUUCGACAGUUCCAGCUCCAGCGGCUCUAGCCAAUUGUCAGGGAGCAACAGAGUCACCCACUCCCUGUCGAGCUCCAUGAGGCUGAAGGGAACCAUGGAACCCUACACCAAUCAGAAGAAACAGAGCAAAGCCACAGCCAGCGUCACCAGCAGCGUCACCAGCAGCGUCACCAGCAGCGUCACCAGCAGCGACACCAGCAGCGUCACCAGCAGCGACACCAGCAGCGACAGGUUGCAAAGCCAGAGAACCAGCAAGAAGAUGACCUCCAGUCAGUGGCCCAAGUCUUGGCACAGCGGACGUUGGCACAGCAGACGUUGGCACAGCUCCUCUCAAACAUGGACACCACACUCUCGACUCCUGGAACUUAGGUUUUUAUCAAAAAGGACAAGUCAGGCCAUGAUCAGAAGGCAUCAGGGAGGAAUCACGAACUCCAGAUCAGAUCGUCGCUCUGGAUCAAGCAGAAUCAUCAAGAGAGGACAUACCUCUGGCUGGAAGCAGAGCUCUGGCUCCUCUCUCCUCCAAUCAUCUAACCAGCGGUAUCUGGUCAGUACUGCUGGCCCUCCAUUCUUCAUUAUCCUGCUUCGGGCCAGAAGAAUUGAUGGCGUGCAGCAAGGUUACCAGCUCACAGGAUAUGGCAAGAUUUCAUCUCGUCUGCCAAGGAUGCAUCUGCGUUUGGUGGAAUUGGAGCAAAAGAGCAACUGGAAGCUCUGCCUUGACACAUUAGUGCCCAGCUCCCACAAAGUAAUGAUGCUGGCGAGAUGGGGCGACCACUGUGAGAAGUACAAAGUGUCCUCCAAGCUGUCCAGUGGUCAGCUGGCCAGCCACCCGGCCUUCAGAUUCAAGAUGAAGUGGAAGAAGGUCAGCGAGGAAUUGAAAUAUGGUGCCAAAUUGGUUGGAGACUACAUACCAGGACUAGCCUAUUCACUCGGAUUUUCGCAGACCUACAAACGAAAUCCCUCACGUCAGAUUACAGCAUUGGUCGCUCUGACAUCCCCACAGACGCUUGACACCAUCUUCCGAUUGCCCAGCAUGACAGUCUAUUAUCAGGGUCUGCAGCUUCCUGUCACAGUGCCAGUCCAUACAGUUAGCAAGAGGGUCCAGGACAAAGGGUUCAGCAGCCUCACCGACAUUCCAGAGCUGGUCCUCAAGAUGAACGAACGGGAAUGCAAAGUCGAAAAUGGAAUUGUCAAGACGUUUGACGGCAAGGAAUUGAAUCAUCAGCUUUCCAACGAUUGUUACUAUAUCUUGACCCAAGACUGCUCAGAAAGUCCCAGGUUCAUGCUGUUGUUAAGGCGUUCAAAACUCGAGAAGACAAAAAUGUCGAUCAGACUGAUUCUGUCCAAGAAAAACACGACUAUUGAUCUAAUUUAUAUGCCACAAAGAAUAAAAACUGAGGUAAAUGGCAUUGAACAUUCCCUGAAUGACAAAAUCCCAUCCCUGGAAGACAUCCUGAACAUUGAAUCAAACACACCAGGAGUUACUGUGAGAAUCCCAACAUUCAACAUUGAAAAGUUAUUCUUCAAUGGAAACAAGAUCGAGGUGGUCCUUGACCAGAUGAUGGGGAAGACGUGUGGACUCUGUGGCCUUAACAAUGGUGAGAAGAAAUGGAUCAUGCCCAACCACGAGGAGGCCAAAGACGUGGAUCAACUUUUCGAGUCCUGGUUGUGUCCAGGAACCUCCUGCAAGGAUGACUGCCGAGUCCAACAGGAAUUUGUGGAAUUGGGAAAGAACAUUGAUUUUGAAGGACAUACAUCCAAAUGCUAUUCAGUCGAACCAGUACAGCAAUGCCUGGCACAAUGCAUGCCAAAAGAAACUCGGUCUCGUAAAGUCAACUUCCAUUGUGUGCCCUCCAAUUUCACAGUGACAGACACCUCGCUCUUCAACAAGAAGUCCGUGGACAUCACUCAUAUGAUGAAUUCACACACUGAUUGUCUGUGCAAGUGUUUGUAAUAAGAAACGUA